CCUUCCAUUGCCUCUCUUCCCAUCUCCCUCGCUCUCAGAUCUCCUUCGUUUCCCUCCACUCAAUCCAUUUUCCUCUCCAAGAAGAUCAGACUUUCUCAAAUAGUUUAGUUUGUGCUCAUGGGGUCUAUUGAGGCUGCAAGGAAGGAGGCAAAUGGUAGCUUAACUGAGAAAAAGCCUUGUGUUGUUUUUGUUUUGGGUGGACCAGGCAGUGGAAAGGGCACCCAAUGUGCCAACAUUGUCCAACAUUUUGGCUAUACACAUCUCAGUGCUGGGGAUCUUCUCCGAGCUGAAAUCAAGUCUGGUUCUGAGAAUGGAACAAUGAUUCAAAACAUGAUCAAAGAAGGGAAGAUUGUUCCUUCUGAGGUAACAAUUAAGCUUCUUCAGAAAGCAAUGCUGGAAAGUGGUAAUGACAAAUUCCUUAUUGAUGGUUUUCCUAGAAAUGAAGAAAACCGUGCAGCAUUUGAAGCUGUUACUAAAAUUGAGCCAGCAUUUGUUCUGUUUUUCAAUUGUCCUGAAGAAGAAAUGGAGAGACGUCUUCUGAAUAGAAAUCAGGGAAGAGAAGAUGAUAACAUUGAGACAAUAAGGAAGCGGUUCAAAGUCUUUCUGGAGUCUAGUCUUCCUGUCAUUGAGUAUUAUAAUGCUAAGGGGAAAGUCAGAGAGAUUGAUGCUGCAAAGUCCAUUGAGGAUGUGUUUGAGGAUGUUAAAGUCAUCUUUACCCCAAAAGAAGAGCAGGUUGCUACCGCCUAGGUGUUGUUAUUUAUCAGAGAUUGAGAACAACUUCAGUUGAGGUGAUGCCAUGUUUUGCUGCAAAUUGUUGUACUUUAUUGUGGAAGGUUCUUGUCCAUUGAACAUUAGUUUUUUGCUUUCCCCUUUUUAUUUUCUCUGAUUAUAAUAUAGCAGGUUAUUGUCUAUGUGAUGAAGAGGUUCCAGCCUAUUUAUUCUUGUAUUGUGAUUCUAUUCUAAUAACAAAAUUCAUAGUGGUAAUACCAAUAAUGUUGUUUUCACUAA